CUCAUUUACUCGUCGGUACACUUGAAUGACAAACUUGGAGUUUAAAAGAAGAGAGGGAAUAGCUGUGUAUUUAUUCAGAAGAACGAUGAUUUUGUAUCUAAGUGAUCUCAGCUUAGUUUUCUUGGUCAAAUUGAUACCUGAAGUUUAUGGUAGGAAAUGUCUAGCCUCCCUUCCUACGAUUAAUUAUAUCAAACAAUGCCCAGAUACUAGAGAAAAAUGGACAACUGCAGCAAAAUUGAAAGGGUGUGAAAACAUCAAGCACACCUGUACAUCAAAGGAAGAAAAGCUCCAAUAUCAUUGUGUAAUCAACAGCUUUGGAAACGCGACACUAGAUGUUUGCGCACCAACCUGGUACAUUGCAGGGUAUUGUACUGAGUUUAAUGAGGAAGGCUUGCUGAUACAAGAUCAUUAUGCAAAAGACUGUACAGAGUUUGACAACCCCUGUCCAACACGAUACCUGUCAACAGAUGCCUACAAAUAUCAGGGGUGUUAUAAACUACUUGCUACAAACACCAUGGGAAGCCAUUCUGGAAAAAUGGAUUCUUUGGUAAUUGGAGAGAUUGUUAUGGGGAUACUUGUAGGAAUACUUUUUGCAAUAUUCGUCUCGUGUUUGAUUAUCAGAUAUCACAGAAUUCGGCUUGCCAAGAAAAGGCAGCUAUCAAGUGCAUAUUCGGAUGAUUUUGAUCUUUAUUCCGACGGGCACACAAGCGAGACACAAGCAAGUAUGGAACACCGAGAAGAAGACCACGAAGCACAAAAUAUAAACAUAAGGUCGACAGAUGAAAGUCUGCAAAGGUUCCAGGAGGGCACGGAUGAAGUGGCAUAUGAAUCGUACAAUUAUCCAGACCCAAAGCAAGCUACUAGUAAUAAUUAUUCUUCUGCUUAAUGAAAAAUUAAGCAGAAGACCUAUGCAGAAGAUCUAUUGGAUAUUUUUAACCAAAGAUAUAACUGACGUAUUUUGUGAUGAACAAAACAUAUAUCUAAAAUAAAAUGAAAAUAAUCUGAUCUUACAUUGAGACUUAGUAUAAUUGAGUACAUGUAUAAAGCUGUAUAAUUGCUUUAAUUACUUUCACAGUUUAUGGAUUCAUAUAAUUGUAACACGGUAAAAGCAAGGAAAAAAAUAGGAAGUGGGGAUAUUAAAUAUAUUUAAAAGUUAUUAUGUUCACACCAUUUUUUUCAAAUUUAAAUCUAUGUUAGAUAGAUCUGAAAACAUUUAUUCGAAAAAAAAAUGUGAAUCUUCCUUACAUUACUCACUCGAAAUU